AUGACAUCAUCAAUAUGGGUUAAUUCUACAGUUGUUUUUUUAAUAGUCUGCUAUGCUUUGAUAUAUCUUCUUGGAAAUAGAUGGGCUACAGCUGUAACUAGUUAUCAUGUUGGAAAUCGUAGACGAAUACUGUCAGUUUUUAAACUUGAAAUUAUCAUGACUUUAUUUAAUAUCUUCGUAUAUCAUCAAUUAAUGCAAUAUUUCGAAGUCGAUAAUUACCAGGGUAAAUGGGAUAGGAGGAAGUUGGCGAAAGUAAAAUCGCGGGCGAGCGUUGGGCUGUUCAUAUUCUUUUUUCUCUCACAACUUGUAUAUUUAAUGUAUUAUGCUUCUGCGGAGAUGCAGUGGCUCAUGUUUGGUGUCACUACAUUGGCUUCAGGCAUUUGGACCAACCUAUUAGCCUUCGUUUGUGGCUUCUUCAUCAUCAAUAUGUUUGUCCGAUUAUGCCAAAAGUACGAAGCAACGACCAAGCUUUUAAACUAUUUCAUUAACAUCAAAUAUGCGGGGGUUCUUCUAUUAAAUAGAAAAGUGCAAAUCCAAUUUACGGUUGUUAUAACUUUAAUAUUAUCUUUCUUUAUGUGGAUCUCAUGUGACAAAGUUGUCGUCAAAUAUCAAACCAUUACUGUUGAUAAUUUUUCCAGUGAUCGUCAGGUUUUGCGUUUUGCAGUAAUCUCCGAUCUACACGUGGGCGCCAGUGUUCACGAACAGCAAGUUCAGAAGGUUUCUGAAAUGCUGCUUGAUAUGAAUAUUGAUGCCGUCUUGGUUGUUGGUGACAUGGUAGAUGGUCCUCGUUCUCUAUUAGAGUCAAGGUUGAAGCCAUUCUGGAGCGUUGCUCGUCGUUUCCCAACCUUUUUUGUGACUGGAAACCAUGAAUACUAUUAUGGCGAUGUUAGGGAGUGGCUUCAUCUCUAUGAAGAGAAUGGGGUGAAGGUUCUUCAGAAUCAACAUACUAUUAUCCAUGGCGUUUGUCUAGUGGGAAUUAAUGACAUAUCCAGCGGUAAGAUGGGUAUCGUCAAACAUUCUAUGGAGCCGGCUACUGCUAUCCAAAGCUGUCCCAAGAACAUGACCACUAUCCUGAUGGCUCACAAUCCGGCUUCAGUUAAAGAUAUAAGUGAAGAAGAUCUCAAAAAUGUCGAUCUGAUACUGUCUGGACACACCCACGCUGGACAGUUCUAUGUAGUAGUGCCAUUGGUUUGGAUGUCGCUUCCUUACUAUUAUGGCUUAUACCAACUCAGUCAUGGACAACUCAUGGUUUCGGCGGGAACGUUGUAUCAGGGACCUAAUAUGAAGAUGUUGGGGAUGUCUGAAAUAUGGCGCGUGAGUUUACAAAAAACGGCUCCUACCAUGUGA